CCACACGCUCACAUAAACACCACAAUUUUCUUCUUCUUCUUCAUUGCACUUUCAGGCUUCACCACUUCCAACUUCCCUAUGUUUUGAUCCCACACCAUUUACUUUUCCUUGUUGGUAUCUUUAUUCUUCAGAGAAUCUCAGAGCCAUUACUAUUGGUUCUUAGAAGAGAGAGAAUGAAAAGUAAUCCCACGUAGCUACGGUCUUUCUCGAAAAUCGGUGACUGAUCUCUUUGUCACAUCUCUGGAUUCUCGCCGUACGUCGUCGGUGAACGUGUAGAGAACGUCAGGAUCGUCACUGUCUUCCAUUUAUUGGCCCAGAAGGAAGAACUUCCCUAAUUGUAGGCAUCCAAUCGCUCCACCUCGAAAACCCAUUCAAACGCCUCCGAAUUCAGCUAAAGAAAACGAUUUUGAGACCCACCUCUCUCUUCUUCCUUAAUUUAGCCAGUAAUUUUAAGUUUCUUCAAUUUCUGAAACCGAAACGAACGAUAUUGAAGCAGGGGAGUUUGAUUUGAUCAUAUCUCUGUUUGUUGUGUGUGGAUCAGAAAGGUGAUAAAUGGGGAAUUGUCAGGCGGCGGAGGCAGCGACGGCGGUGAUUCAGCAUCCAGGCAACAAAGUGGAGAGGAUUUACUGGUCAGUAAGUGCUCAUGAGAUCAUGGCUUCAAAUCCUGGACACUACGUCGCACUAGUUAUCACCUCUACGACGGCCAAGUCAGAGAAGAACGGUCCGCCAUUGACGCAGCUCAAGCUUCUGCGUCCCGACGAUACGUUGCUUAUCGGACAAGUGUAUCGCCUCAUCAGUUUCGAAGAUGUAUUGAAAGAGUUCGCUGCAAAGAAGUGCGUGAAACUUGGGAAGCUAUUGAGGGAAAGCGGAGGGCUCAGUCGGGAGAAGAAGAAAGAGAUGGUUUCUCCGACUCCGGCGAAUGGCACUUCCGUUGAGAUUGAGCAUGACCUUAACCGAUUGGGAAGCAGUAGUGGUAGCAGCAGCAGCAAUGUAAACAGGGGAGUAGGAAGGCAUCAUCAUCAUGGUGGGGGUCAAUGGAAACCAGCCUUACAGAGCAUUGCAGAGGUUGGAAAUUGAACACAAGCUCUUCUUUACCCCCAUGUCCUCCACUCCCUGCUAUCACAGACUCCAUCCUAAUCUUCACUCUGACCCUCCUACCAAUAAAAACAAAACCUACCCAUCCUUUCUCUCCUUUUCAUAUGUUUAUAUUCUCUCUCACUUUUCAGACACAUGUAUCAGUUUUUCUUGACCUAGGGUUUGUGGUACAUGCUGCAAAAUUUGAACAUCUUGUAAUGCACUUGAGUUAACCUUCAUCUAAAUUUGUGGUAACCUAUU